UCGUUGGGUUGAGUUCUUGCAAGCCUAGUCAUUUGUUUUGAAGCACAAGUCAGGAGUUGAGAACAAGGUGGCUGAUCCACUUAGUCGCCAAGUCACUUUACUCUCCAUGAUGAGCGUCAAGAUUACGGGCUUUGAAAGACUCAAAGAGGAUUAUGAGUCGUGUCUACAUUUUGGAGAGGUAUACAUAACCCUAGAAGAUGGACAAUGCCCUAAUGCAGUUGACACCUCCAAGAUGGAUAUUUAUUCCGAGCCAACAAACUUUGCAUCCUACCAACGUCAUUGUGAGAUUUCUUACUUUGGGAGAUUCACGCAGGAGGCCUCUCAGGACACUUUGUUCGUAAUAUGACUAUAGAGGAAGUGGAGCGCCUGUUUUAUUGGCCAAGCUUGAAAAGAGAUGUUGCCAAAUUGAUUGGUCUUUGUCGCACAUGCCAGUUGGCCAAGCACAGAAAGUAGAACUAGUCCUUUACACUCCUUUCCCUAUGCCAAACUGCCCUUGGCAGGAUGUGAGUAUGGAUUUUGUGCUUGGGCUUCUGUGUACUUUAAAGAAGUAUGAUUCCUAUGUGGUAGUGGGCUGCUCUUCCAAGAUGGCCCGCUUCAUUCUAUGUGCCAAGACCUCAAACGCUUCUAAAGUUGCAAAGAUUUAGCUCAACGAGAUUGUCAAACUAUAUGGUCUUCCCAAGAUCAUAGUAUCUGAUAGGGACGUUCGAUUCAUGAGUUAUUUCUAGAAAACCCUUUGGCACAUGGUUGGGAAAAAACUGAAGUUCUCCACUGCCUUCCAUCCCUUGACAAAUUGUCAAACCAUAGUGGUCAAUCGUAGUCUAGGAAAUUUUUUAAGAUGCCUGGCGGGUGACCACAAUAGGAACUGGGAUUUGAUUCUCCCCACAACCCAAUUUGCUUACAAUAGUUCUGUCAAUCGGUCUAUAGGCAUGAGUCCUUUUGAAGUUGUUCAUGGUUAUAAACUUAGGAAACCUCUCCUGAUUUCUCCACAUGGUAGGAUUUUUGAUUCUGCCGAAGCAUUUGCACAUGUUCAGGACUUGCAUAAUGAGACCAGUAAGCAAAUUCAAACAAGUAAUGCCCAUUACAAACUUCAAGCUGAUUUACAUAGGCGUCACACUGAAUUUAACAUAGGUGAUUAUGUCAUGGUCCAGAUUAGACCUAAACGAUUCCCAUCUAGAUCCGUUCGAAAAUUGCAAGCUCAUAGUGGUGGGCCAUUCAAAAAAAAAAGUGUUGCAAAGGGUCGGACCCAAUGCGUAUGUCACUGACAUCCCACCCAACAAUGGUAUUAGCUCCACAUUUAAUGUAAAGGAUUGUUGCUUAUAGGGGCCAGCCAGGUAUUCCAGAUGAUCCUUUUGAGGGCCCUUUAUCUGACUUUCCACUCCACUCCAUACCUGAUCUCGUCCCAUUACCUCUUCCACCAGCAAAUAAAGAACAUAUUGAUGCUAUUUUGGAUGAGCAAGUUGUCUUUACCAGAGAUGGUGAAGUUCAGCGUUUCCUAGUUCGUUGGGAAGGAUGACCAGUUUCAGGCUGCACAUGGAUCACAAAGGACACAUUGCAGCACCUUGAUCUCAAUCUAUUGGAGUUCUACAAGAGCCGCUAGGAGUUACACUCGACGGGGUCGAGUUUUUCCCACCCGGGAUAGUUGAUGGGGAUCCCAGACGCAAGCCACCGGUCACGUGCAUAUGGACGUCAACGUUGGAGGAUGACCUAGUCUAUGACCUUGUGGUUGGGUGAUUGAGAGCUAAAGAUAUUAUUAUGGGUACAUAUGUGAAUAGUUUGAUUUCCAAAAGAAAAUAGAAAUAAGCGUUUCUUUAUGGGGAUAGAUCUUGAGCAGCCUUCUGGAGAAUACCAUACGGAAGAAAAUAGGCGGCCCAAUGUGAAUGUUAAUAUGGUGGAUGGUGGAGAUGAAGGGCAUGAUAGAGAUGGAUCGAACAUAAUUACUCCUAGUGUUGCUGGAAAUGAUAAGGAAAACACAGGACCAAAUGUAAAUGGAAUAGUAUCAGAUGGUAGAAACAUGGGCCAUACUGGAGAAGGAAUAAACUUGAAUUCUUGCAAAAGCUUAGAGCCUCAUGAUGGAAGGGAAUUCGAAUCUAAGGAGGAAGCUUUUUCAUUCUAUAAAGAAUAUGCUAAGUCUGUGGGAUUUGCUGCUGUAAUAAAGGCUAGCCGUCGAUCCAGAAUAUCUGGAAAAUUUAUUGAUGCAAAAUUUGCAUGUACUAGAUAUGGAAGCAAGCGUGAACGAAAAACAGAUGAAACCAUGGAACCUGUUCCAAAGAUAGACAGCACAACAAAUAUUCCUGUAAAAAGAAGACGGGGUAGAAUUAAUCUAUCUUGGACAAAAACAGAUUGCAAGGCCUGCAUGCAUGUUAAGAAAAGGCAAGAUGGUAGAUGGAUUAUCUGUAGUUUCAUAAAGGAGCAUAACCAUGAAAUUUUUCCAGACCAAGCCUAUUAUUUUCGGGGUCAUAGGAAUUUAGAUCUAGAUGGUAGUAAUGUUGAUGCCUUGCAUGCUAUCCACGCAAGAACAAAAAAGAUGUAUGUUACAAUGUCCAGGCAAUCUGGUGGCUAUAAGAAAGUUGACAAGCAGAAAGCUGGCAUCACAAAUCAAUUAGAUUGUGGAAAACACUUGGAUUUAGAAGAAGGAGAUGCUCAAGUUAUGCUUGAACAGUUCACGUAUAUGCAAGAUGAGAAUCCUAACUUCUUUUAUGCAAUAGAUCUAAAUGAAGAGCAGCGUCUGAGAAAUGUUUUCUGGGUCGAUGCAAAAGGCAGGCUUGAUUAUGGCAGUUUUGGCGAUGUUGUUUUUUUUGACACCACCCAUAUCAAGAAUGAAUACAAAUUGCCGUUUGCUCCCUUUAUUGGUGUGAACCAUCAUUUUCAGUUCCUUUCACUUGGAUGUGCAUUAUUGUCUGAAGAGACUAAAUCAACAUAUGUUUGGUUGAUGCGGGCUUGGCUUAGAGCAAUGGGUGGACGGACUCCUAGAGUGAUACUGACUGACCAAGACAAAGCCCUGAAAGAAGCUAUUGCAGAGGUCUUUCCUGAUUCUCGUCAUUGUUUUUGUUUGUGGCAUAUACUGAGCAAAAUUAAUGAGAAGCUCAGUUAUGUAAUAAGGCAACAUGAAAAUUUUAUGACUAAAUUUGACAAAUGCAUUUUUAAGUCUUGGACAAAUGAGCAGUUUGAAAGGAGAUGGUGGAAGAUGGUUGGUAAAUUCAAUUUAAGAAAUGACAUAUGGUUUCAAUCUUUGUAUGAAGAUCGUGGACGAUGGAUACCUACAUAUAUGAAAGGCAUUUUUUUGGCAGGUAUGUCUACAACCCAACGAUCAGAAAGCAUAAACUGUUUCUUUGACAAAUACAUGCAAAGGAAAACUACAUUGAAGGAGUUCUUAGAACAGUAUAAAGCGAUUAUAAGGGAAAAGUGUGAAGAGGAAGCAAAAGCAGAUUUUGAAAGUUGGCAUAAACAACCAGGUUUGAAAUCUCCAUCACCAUUUGGGAAACAAUUGGCAACCUUGUACACACAUGCAGUAUUCAAGAAAUUCCAGAAUGAGGUUUUGGGAGUAGUUGCUUGUCAUCCAAGAAAAGAAAGUGAAGAUGGAGCAACCAAAACUUUUAGGGUUCAAGAUUUUGAAGAGAAUCAAGAUUUUAUUGUGGUGUGGAAUGAAACAACAUCAGAUAUAUCUUGUUUGUGCCGUUUAUUUGAAUUCAGUGGUUUCCUUUGUAGGCAUGUAAUGAUUGUUCUGCAAAUGUCUGGUGUACACAGCAUUCCAUCUCAGUAUGUAUUGAAACGUUGGACAAAGGAUGCAAAGAGUAGACAAACAACAAGGGAAGUUUCAGUUGUUGAGUGUAGGGUUCAACGCUACAAUGAUUUAUGUCAACGGGCCUUUAAGUUGGGUGAUGAAGCGUCUUUAUCCCCAGAGAGUUAUAAUAUUGCGUUGAAGGCACUCGAAGAAGCUUUGAGAAAGUGUGAGAGUGUAAAUAACUCAAUUCAGAGUGUAAUAGAACCAAGCUCACCAUCAAUUCGUGGUCCUCAAGGAGUUGAAGAAGUGAACCAAAGUAACAGCUCUAGCAAGACAAAUAAAAAAAACAGUGCAUCCAAAAAACGACAGGUACAUGUAGAGCCAGAGGUCAUAUCAAUUGGAACCCAUGACAACUGGCAACAAAUGGGACACGCUAAUUUACGAGCGCAUGUGCUUGAUAUGUCUUAUGAAUCGCAAGAGACAAUGCAAGACAUGGAACAACUGAACUCAAGGGCUGCUGCCUUUGAUGGCUAUUUUGGCACUCAACAAAUCGUGCAGGGAAUGGGACAAUUAAACUCAAUAGUUCCAAGUCGUGAUGAAUAUUACAGCAACCAACAUAACAUGCAAGGGCUGGGACAACUGAACUCAAUUGCACCAAUCCAUGAUGCCCAUUACCUAACUCAACAAAGGUUGCAUGGGAUGGGGCAGUUGCAUUUCAGACCACAAACUAGUUCGACUUGUUUUGACGUGCAGGAUAGUUUGCCAGAUAUGGACCAGCCUAACAUGGGACCCUCACAGCUGCACGUCAUGGCAUCCAAACAUAUCCAUGCAAAACACCUCUCUCGUUAGUAGCUUUCUGACAGGUGGAGAUGAAUUAUCUCUUGUAGAGUAUCAGCCAAUGACAAGAAACUUAGGUUUUUUUUUGUUUUUUUUUUUUGUUUUUUUUUCCUGCACUGACAUUGGUAGUUAUAAUGCAGGAUGCAUUGUCUUUUGUAAUUAGAGACGGACAAUUCUUAAUUAUUUAUCCGCUUAAAGAUAUGGGAAAACACCAUAACCGAUAAA